CAAGUGCGCACCAUCUACAUACGGUGUAAACUUGAGGGAACCUGAGUUACUAUGCAAGAAAUCAAAGUGUCUACAACUAUACAAGCGACACAUUUUCUACUUCUUUCUUACCUUAACCUUCCAGGUGUUGGCUGUCCACUUUUCUCCCCUCAAAAACUCACCACCAAAAAUUUGAGAUUACUGACGAUUCGGAUGUGCAGAAUGUCAAAGUCCUUUUGUAUGCCACUGUGAUGCCUCGCGUCGUGGCUUUAAACGUCGGAGAAGAGCAUGGUAGGUUUCUUUUAAAAGUAUCUCUAGAUACAAGUUCGCCUGACUACCAAUCGUUUGCCUAUCGCAUUAUUGUACUCGAUGAGACGCGUCGGUACUCGACUGUCAUUCCCAAUUCCGAGGAACGAGAAUUUCUACCGGAUCCCUCCGCAGAUGAAAGCAACUUGUUCCUUCGUGCUCAAAAUGCUGUAAAAAAAACUCAAGAAGAGAGCUAUCUUUAUUCGCAACCAUUUUUGGCUACCGCUGGGCAUGCUCCUUCAGCUCCAGCUCCUACGACUAUUCGGUUCGUACAGUUUGGUAACAAAAAAACAAAACCAUGGUAUUCAGCUCCAUAUCCGGAAGAGUACAGUUGCUCGCGCAUCCUAUACAUCUGCGAGUUUUGUCUCAAGUAUAUGAAAAGUGAAUACACACUUUGUCGACAUAUGAUGAAGUGCUCUUGGCGGCAUCCUCCCGGAAAUGAGAUUUAUCGUGAUGGCAAGAUUUCCUUGUUCGAAGUGGACGGCCAACAACAGUCGGUAUACUGCCAAAACCUCUGUCUCUUGGCUAAAAUGUUUCUCCAUUCCAAAAUGCUUUACUAUGAUGUUGAGCCGUUUCUAUUUUAUGUAAUGACAACUUACGAAGACUGCAAGUACCAUUUUGUGGGAUACUUUAGUAAAGAAAAGCGAUCCGCAUCCAACUACAAUGUGUCAUGUAUAUUGACUCUCCCAACAUACCAACGAAAAGGUUAUGGCGCGUUUUUAAUCGAGUUUAGCUACUUGCUAACACAAGUUGAACAAAAAACCGGUUCGCCAGAAAAACCAUUGUCUGAUUUAGGACUUGUUUCAUAUAGAAGCUACUGGAAAAUGAGAGUCGCUCGAUGUCUCCUUCAAGCAAACGGUCCAUUGAGCAUUGAAGAAAUAUCCAAGCGGACGUCUAUGGAUCCCAAUGACAUUAUUUCAGCAUUAGAAGCGCUCUCAAUAUUACAACGAAACCCACGGACGAAUGAGUACGAGCUACAUAUCCGCCAAGACGAGCUGCAAGCCGUCUGUAAUAAAUGGGAUCGUAAACAUCAGCAACGAGUGCAUCCAAAUUUACUACGGUGGACACCAUACAUUGGCGAAGCGAAAAUUAAUGAUCUGCUGCAGCACGAAAGUACUCUCGUUCCAGCAGUGAAAAACUGCAACCUAAACGAAGCUUCAACAGAAGAAGAAUCUCGAGAAAAACUUAAUUCUAAUACGUAUUCAUCAUGACUUUAAUUCAAUUAAGGGUUCAUCAUCUUCUUAUGAUUGCUUUGCCUGCUGUUGCUCCAUGUUAAUAACAUCUCCCAGAACUCCAGACAGACUCAUGGAGUAGAGGUUAAGAGUUGAAAACAGUGUGUCACAUCCAGCAAUACUAUCGUUCAAAAUAUCCUGAACUUCUUUCGCUUGCAUUUUCUGGCGAAAAAGUUCUUCAACAUUCUCUCUCAUGCUUUCGUUCAGUGAAUUAAGUAAUUCUUGCUGAUUUUUCUCAAAUGCGUCUUCCCCUGACCAGUCCAAUUCAAACAAAUGUUUACCAGCAUUUACAGGCAGUGUGUCCAGAGUAAUUCUUGAUUUUGCAUUGUACAAAUGCUCCAGAGUUUGGGUUGAUUGAAAAUGGGGUUCGAUGCCUUGUUUAUUUUGUGCAGAAUAAUUUAGAGAAGAAGGUUUAUCGGAAGUUUCAACAGGAGUGUAAAAAGAGCUUGAGGAAUCAGGACCUGCUGGUCCAGCCUGACUGGUUGCUUCUUGUUGUGUGUGUGCAGAGAGCGAAGGCGGUCUUCGGACAGAUAGUUUUCGAGUAGGGUUUUUGGGCAGUAUUAACGGAGCAGAACCUAUGCCGACGCUCGAAGGUCUGCUAU